GCGAGGCACGCGCGGGGGGCUGCGGGGUGCGUGCGGGGUCCCGGGCCGCGCGCCGGAUGCUCAGGGCGCGGGCUCGGUCCGCGCGUGCGGGACGCGCCCUGGGCGCACGGUGGCCCGUUCCUCCCGGCGCUGGCCGUGGGUUUCGCGUGCAGCGCCCCACCCUCGCCUCCGCGCGUGCAGGGAGGGACUCGGGCUUCUCCCGCCCGCCGCCUGAUGUCCCCGGACGCAUUUCUCCCCGGGGCUCGCGGUGCGCGCCGCUCAGAACCCCUCCUGUCACUUCCGCAAGGUCCAGCUAGUUGGGGUCUGAGGGCCGCCCCGACCCUCGCCCGUCACCGUCGGACUCCGCGUCCCUUAGGCGGGAUGGGCAGAACCGCGUGGACUCGGUGCUGGCGCCCCGGCCCCGUGUCGCGGAACAUCCAUCCCGAAGCACGUGUUCUUCGGGCGGGAAGGCUGGGGAUCUCCGGCCCACCCACCCGACCCGGGGAGCCCUUGGCGCGCCUCCCAGUCCCGUGCCGGGCCCAUUUGUCUCCCAGCCCAGAGCUGGAGGCGCGGCUGGCGCGGAGAGUGCUGGAGAUUGCCUGGGAACCCCGCGAUGUGCUGCAGCCCUCUCCACAGUGGACCCGACACCUCUGCAGGAGGAAAUUAUCCCCAAAGGUCCUGUCUGCUUUCACGCUUGUCCGGAGAGUCCGCGGCCUUGGCGCAGGCGCGCGCGGUGUGCUCAUGAGGUUCUUUACAAUCUCGGGGUGCCCAGCCCCAGCCGGCCUGGUGUCAGAGCAAAAGUUGGAAUCUGAGCCAGCUCAGAAAUCCGGAAUGCUUCUAGAAAAAGCUGUUUUCCAUCCUGCUCAAAGCGCAGGUGGGAUUUUGGAGCUGCCUCCUGCUUCCUGGGCAAGUGGCUGGUGUUUCCUCUCUGCAAGCAACUGUCGAGGGCCCUCCUGCAACCCAGAUUGGAUCAGCAGAGCCGGGACUUUGUGUCCUGGGGGAACUGCUUCCCUCUGCGGGCCUGGGUGCCCAGAGCUCAUGGUUGGGGUUCCCGGAUGGUGUCCCGCUCCCCCGUCCACUGCCUUGCUCACUCCUGACUUGGUGCUACUAGUUCCUUUCUUUCGGAGGGGGCUUUGCGGGAUGUUAAUAACUCCAGACACUCCAGUUCCUGCUGCUGGGCAAAGCUGA